CUCGUGUUUACCCAUCAUUCUCGCCGGAGCGGAAGCAGCGGGGAAGCAGCGGAGCUCUAGCCGCAGAAGCAGCGCUCAGGAUCGGCCACACACCGGCUGACAUGCCGCGGGGAUGAUGGCUGCCUUCGGCAUUCUGAGCUACGAACACAGGCCUCUCAAACGGCCCAGACUCGGUCCUCCGGACGUUUAUCCGCAGGACCCGAAGCAAAAGGAGGAUGAGUUGACGGCAUUGAACGUCAAGCAAGGAUUUAACAACCAGCCAGCUGUUUCAGGCGAUGAGCAUGGCAGCGCUAAAAAUGUCAAUUUCAACCCUUCAAAGAUCAGCUCAAACUUCAGCAGCAUCAUUGCGGAGAAGUUACGCUGCAACACAUUUCCAGACAUUGGCAAGAGGAAGCCGCAGGUCAAUCAGAAGGACAACUUCUGGCUCGUCACAGCGCGGUCGCAGAGCUCCAUUAAUAACUGGUUCACAGACUUGGCCGGGACUAAACCCUUAACUCAGCUCGCUAAAAAGGUUCCCAUCUUCAGCAAGAAAGAGGAAGUGUUUGGCUACCUUGCCAAGUACUGUGUGCCGGUGAUGCGAUCUGCUUGGAUGAUUAAAAUGACGUGUGCGUAUCACGCUGCCAUAACCGAAACCAAGGUGAAGAAGAGGCAUGUCAUUGACCCCUGCAUAGAAUGGACUCAGAUAAUUACUAAAUACCUGUGGGAGCAGCUGCAGAAGGUGGCAGAGUUUUACAGACAGUCUCCCAGCCAGGGCUGCGGGUCUCCUCUGCCCGCUCCUCCUGCUGAGGUGGAAACCGCCAUGAAACAGUGGGAGUACAACGAGAAGCUGGCCAUGUUCAUGUUUCAGGAUGGCAUGUUAGACAGACAUGAGUUCCUCACCUGGGUGCUGGAGUGUUUUGAGAAGAUCAGACCUGGCGAGGACGAGCUUCUGCGAUUCCUGCUGCCGCUCCUGUUACAGUACUCGGGAGAGUUUGUGCAGUCAGCCUAUUUAUCUAGACGGCUGGCAUAUUUCUGCACACGCCGGCUCAAUCUGCUGCUGAGCGAUGGCAGUCUUGGACCAGGCCCAGGCGGACACCCGGCCCACGUCAUUUCAGCACAGCAAGGGAACGCUCUGCCCUCCACCCCAACCUCCCAGCCUGCAGGGGGCAACCAGCCCCAAACCCCCUUCACAGACUUCUACAUCUGCCCCCAGCACAGGCCCGUGGUGUUCGGACUCAGCUGCAUGCUGCAGAGUAUCGUGUUGUGUUGUCCCAGCGCUCUGGUCUGGCACUACUCUCUGACAGAUAGCCGUAAUAAGACCGGCUCGCCAUUAGACCUCUUGCCAAUCGCGUCCUCUAACCUGCCCAUGCCGGGGGGCAACAGCAGCUUUAACCAGCAGGUUCGUGCCAAGGUGAGGGAGAUUGAAGAGCAGAUCAAAGAGAGAGGACAGGCGGUGGAGUUUCGCUGGUCCUUCGACAAGUGUCAGGAGACGACAGCAGGUUUCACCAUCAGCCGGGUUCUGCAUACAUUGGAGGUUUUGGACAACCACAGCUUUGAGAAGUCUGACUUCAGCAAUUCCCUGGAUUCGCUGUAUAACCGGAUCUUUGGCUCGGGACAGAGCAAAGACGGACACGAGAUGAGUCCAGACGACGAUGCGGUGGUGACCCUGCUGUGUGAGUGGGCUGUUUCCUGUAAAAGGUCCGGGCCGCAUAGAGCCAUGGUGGUGGCCAAACUCCUGGAGAAGAGGCAGACGGAGAUUGAGGCAGAGAGGUGUGGCGAGUCGGAGGUCGUGGAUGAGAAGGGCUCUGUGUCAUCAGGGUCUCUUUCUGCUGCUACUCUGCCCGUCUUCCAGGACGUCCUACUGCAGUUCCUGGACACACAAGCCCCUGUUCUCAGUAUACACUGCCGCUCAAAAGAGGAGAGCGCAAGUCACGAGUGUAACCAGCGUCUGGUGGUUCUCUAUGGGGUUGGCAAACAGCGAGAUGAAGCUCGCCACGCCAUCAAGAAGAUCACCAAAGACAUCCUGAAGGUUCUCAACCGCAAGAGUACAGCAGAGACAGGAGGUGAGGAAGGUCAGAAGAGGAAGAGGAGUAAACCUGAGGCCUUUCCCACCGCUGAAGACAUUUUCUCUAAAUUCCAGCACCUCUCACACUUUGACCAGCACCAGGUCACCUCUCAGGUGUCCAGGAAUGUUCUGGAACAGAUCACCAGCUUUGCCUUAGGGAUGUCCUAUCACCUCCCACUGGUCCAACACAUCCAGUUCAUCUUUGACCUCAUGGAGUAUUCGCUCAAUAUAAGUGGCCUCAUUGACUUUGCUAUACAGCUGCUGAAUGAGUUGAGUCUGGUGGAAGCAGAACUCCUGCUGAAGUCCUCCAACCUGGCAGGCAGUUACACUACAGGUCUUUGUCUGUGUAUCGUGGCCGUUCUGCGGAGAUACCACUCCUGCCUCAUCCUCAACCCUGACCAGACCGCACAGGUCUUCGAUGGGCUGAGGAUUGUAGUCAAGUCUGGCGUGAACCCUGCAGACUGUUCCUCAGCUGAACGCUGUAUCCUGGCCUAUCUCUACGACCUCUAUACCUCCUGCAGUCACCUGAAGAGCAAGUUUGGAGAGAUUUUCAGUGAGUUCUGCUCAAAGGUGAAGAAUUCCAUCUACUAUAACAUCGACCCAUCAGACUCCAACAUGCUGUGGGAUCAGGUGUUCAUGAUCGACGCUAUCGCUAAUCCUACCGCGCACAACCUCAACCACUCCAUGGUGGGAAAGAUCCUCAAUGACAGCCCAGCUAACCGAUACAGCUUCGUGUGUAACGUGCUCAUGGACGUGUGCGUGGACCACCGUGAUCCCGAGAGGGUGAAUGAUAUCGGGAUCCUGUGCGCGGAGCUGACGGCGUACUGUCGCUCUCUCAGCGCUGAGUGGUUAGGAGUGCUCAAGGCUCUCUGCUGCUCCUCCAACAACGGCAACUGCGGCUUCAACGAUCUGCUCUGCAACGUUGACGUGAGUGAUCUGUCUUUCCACGACUCGCUGGCGACAUUCGUUGCCAUCCUGAUAGCUCGGCAGUGUUUGUUGCUGGAGGAUCUGGUGCGCUGUGUGGCCAUUCCCUCCCUCCUGAACGCAGCCUGUAGUGAGCAGGACUCUGAACCUGGAGCCAGACUUACCUGUAGGAUCCUGCUUCAUCUGUUCAGAACCCCACAGCGCAACCCCUGUCCUCAAGACGGCACCAAAUCAGAUAAAUCCACAGUGGGCAUCAGAUCGUCCUGUGACCGACACCUGCUGGCUGCUUCUCAGAACAGCAUAGUGGUGGGAGCCGUGUUUGCCGUGUUAAAGGCUGUUUUCAUGCUGGGAGACGCUGAGCUGAAGGGUUCGGGCUUCUCCCACUCUGCUGGACUGGACGACAUCGGAGAGGAUGACGUGGGGUCCAAAAAAUCCGGAGGACGUAAUGUCUCGAUUGAAACGGCCAGUCUGGUGGUUUAUGCCAAGUAUGUGCUGAAGAGCAUCUGCCAACAGGAGUGGGUGGGUGAGCGGUGUCUGAAGUCUCUGUCGGAGGACAGCAGUGCUCUGCAGGAUCCAGUGCUGGUGAACAUCCAGGCUCAGCGCUUGCUGCAGCUCAUCUGUUACCCACACAGGCAGCUAGACAGCGAGGAGGGCGAGAAUCCUCAGAGACAGCGCAUCAAACGGAUCCUGCAGAACAUGGACCAGUGGACCAUGAGACAGUCGUCUCUGGAGCUACAGCUUAUGAUCAAGCAAAGCUCAAAUAACGAGCUGUAUUCUCUUCUGGAGAACAUAGCCAAGGCCACCAUCGAAGUUUUCCAGAAGUCUGCGGAGAUGAACUCUAGUAACCCCACCUGGAAUGGCUCCGCGGUUUCUGGCAGCUCCGUCUCCAAUAGCAACAGUGCCAGCAAACUCAAACCUGUGCUCAGUUCCUCCGAGCGUUCAGGGGUCUGGUUAGUGGCCCCUCUGAUUGGUAAGCUGCCCACCUCAGUGCAGGGUCACGUGCUGAAGGCUGCGGGUGAAGAGCUGGAGAAGGGACAGCACCUGGGACCCUCCUCACGGAAAGAAAGAGAUCGGCAGAAACAAAAAAGUAUGUCUCUCCUGAGCCAGCAGCCCUUCCUCUCUCUGGUGCUGACGUGUCUCAAGGGACAAGACGAGCAGAGGGAGGGUCUCCUGACUUCCCUCUACAGCCAAGUCCAGCAGAUUGUGACUAACUGGCGUGAGGACCAGUACCAGGAUGACUGCAAGGCCAAGCAGAUGAUGCACGAGGCCUUGAAGCUGCGACUCAAUCUGGUGGGUGGGAUGUUUGAUACGGUGCAGCGAAGCACACAGCAGACGACAGAGUGGGCGGUGCUUCUGCUGGACAUCAUCAGCAGUGGCACAGUGGACAUGCAGUCUAACAAUGAGCUCUUCACUACGGUGUUAGACAUGCUGAGCGUGUUGAUUAAUGGCACUCUGGCGGCUGACAUGUCCAGCAUCUCUCAGGGCAGCAUGGAGGAGAAUAAGAGGGCCUACAUGAACCUGGUCAAGAAACUCAGGAAAGAGCUCGGUGAGCGUCAGUCCGAGAGCUUGGAGAAAGUGCGGCAGUUGCUGCCUCUGCCCAAGCAGACGCGUGACGUCAUCACCUGUGAGCCCCAGGGGUCACUCAUUGACACAAAGGGCAACAAAAUUGCUGGAUUCGAAAAAGAGGGUCUUCAAGUGUCGACUAAGCAGAAGAUUUCUCCUUGGGACGUGUUCGAGGGGCUGAAGCACUCGGCUCCGCUGUCCUGGGGCUGGUUUGGGUCCGUGCGGGUCGACCGCAAAGUCACGAAGUUUGAGGAGCAGCAGCGGCUCCUGCUUUACCACACCCACAUAAAGCCCAAACAGCGCAGUUACUAUCUGGCGCCCCUCAACCUGCCCCAAGAGGAGGAGGAGCCACCUACACCUGUGCCUCCUGAGCCGGACAAGAAGGUGGAUCCAGGGAAGCCGGAGAAGAGCGUCUCUAGUGUCGCACCUGACACCAGUAAGAAGAAAAAGAAAAAGAAACCGACAUCCGCAAAUAAACAAGAGGUACGAAUGAGAAAAGAAGCAAAACAUGCAUCUCCUAUAUCCUUUAGAAGAGGCCCCGGUUUAGAGCCCCCUUUCCGUCCCAGGGGUCCUAUGGGCAAAAUUCCUCCACGUCCCACCUACAGCAUGGCUAAUAUGCCGGGUGCUGGCAUGGGCAACAUGAUGGGAAUGGACAAGCAGUUCCAGAUGGGCUAUAAGCCCCCACAGAGCAUGCCUCAGGGGCAGAUUCUCCGUCAUCAGCUACAGGUCAGACUGAAUCAUAAUCAUUUACUUGGACAAGCGCAGAUUAGACAAGUGGCACCUAAUCAGCAGUAUCCAUCAAUGCAACCGACACAGAACAUUUCCCAGGGCUACACCAUCUACGGCUCACACAUGGGGAUGCAGCCACACCCCUCUCAGCCUGCUGGAAUAGUUCCUACCUCGUACGGUAACCAGGGCUUCCAGGGAGGACAUCCUGGCACAAACCCAGCCAUGGUGGACCCUCUUAGGCAAAUGCAGCAGAGACCUAGCGGCUACGUCCAUCAGCAGGCUCCUGGAGCAUACGCACACACCGUGCCAAACACGCAAAGGUUUUCCCAUCAGUCCAUGCAGCAGACGCCUAUGAUGCACGGCCUGGCUCAAGGUCACAUGGGAGCGCAGGCCAUGCACCCCAACAUGAGGACCAAUCAGAUGAUGGACCAGCAGCAGCAGCAGCAACAACAACAGCAAGCCCAACAGCAGCAGCUGAUCAGACAGCAUCCAGCUCUCAGACAGGUGCAGCAACAGCAGGUUCAGCAACAAGUGCAGCAGCAGCAGCAGGUCCAGCAGCAGCAGCAGCAGCAGCAGGUUCAGCCUCAGCAGGUGCAGCAGCAGCAGGUUCAACAGCAGCCGGUGGCGGCAGCACAGCCUCCCGCUCAGGCCCUGGGAAUGCAGCCCAUGUUCCCUCGGCAAGGCAUGCAGCAAACCCAGCAGCAGCAGCAGACCGCAGCGCUGGUCAGACAGCUCCAGCAGCAGCUCUCAAGUACUCAACCUGGACAGAACACCAACUCAUAUUUCUGAGAGCGUCUGAAUGCAUUUCACCAGUGGUAAAGAGUAGUUUU